AUGGGACGACAGAAGCAAGCAGCGCCUCUCCAAAGAGCCCCCUCUUCUCGAUUGAUGCACCUUGAAGAUGAUGCUGGUGCGCCAAAUUCUGCGAAUGGAAGCACAGUCAUUCCCACCGUCAAUGGAAGCGCGUCCGAGAAGGCAUCGGCAGUCUUGGAGACAGUUGCCGACACCCCUGGGUUAACGCAGCUAGUCAUCUGCGUGCUCGGUAUAUACGCUGCAUUUCUGUCAUGGGGUGUCCUCCAAGAGGCAAUCACAACAACAAGCUACCCCAUCCGCCCAGCAACUGCCGCGGACCCGGAACCACCAACAGAGCGAUUCACCUACUCGCUAGUUCUAAACACCAUCCAAUCCUCCUUCGCCGCCAUAACAGGCUUUAUAUACCUUCUGAUCUCGACACCAAAGGGCCAAAGCACCCCAUCCAUUUUCCCAACCCGCCGCAUCAUCUUCCCCCUCUUCCUCGUCGCCAUCUCCUCAUCCCUCGCCUCGCCCUUCGGUUACGCAAGUCUCCAACACAUCGACUACCUAACCUUCAUCCUCGCCAAAUCAUGCAAGCUCCUCCCCGUCAUGGUCCUGCACUUGACCAUCUUCCGCAAGAGAUACCCACUGUACAAGUACGGCGUUGUACUGAUGGUCACCCUCGGCGUCGCGACGUUCAGCCUCCACCACCCGGGAACGAGUAAGAAGGUUGCUGCGGCAAAUUCUGGCUCUUCGGGCUGGGGUAUCUUCCUGCUGGCUAUCAACCUCCUUCUGGAUGGUUUGACCAACACCACACAAGACCACGUCUUCACCUCGCCGAAGCUGUACACACGCUUCAGCGGGCCCCAGAUGAUGGUCGCGCAGAACGUGCUGUCUACCGUGCUGACGACUACAUAUCUUCUUGUCAUGCCGCAUCUCUCGCAGAGCGGCCUUUUGCAUAACCUCCUGCCCCUCCCCAUUCCGCCAUCUAAUGAGACGGAGCUGCUCGGCGCUAUCUCCUUCCUCUCCCGGCACCCGGAGGCGCUGAAGCACGUCCUCGGUUUCGCGGCUUGCGGCGCUGUCGGCCAGCUAUUUAUCUUUUAUACUCUGUCUCGCUUCUCCUCGCUGCUGCUCGUUACCGUGACCGUUACACGGAAGAUGUUGACUAUGCUCCUCAGCGUAUUCUGGUUCGGACACUCCCUGUCUGGUGGCCAAUGGCUAGGAAUUGGCCUGGUCUUUGGCGGUAUUGGUGCUGAAGCCGUAGUGCAGAGAUCAGAGAAAAAGGCGAAAGAGCGCUCGAAGAUCGAGACUGCGAAGAAAGAGUUGUAA